GCUGAUGGAGAAAGCACUGAGAGGAACAGGUGUGAGCAGGAGGAGAGGGAACCUGCGACAGUGAAGCUGCUGUACCUGUAGCCCAGGUGAGACAGGAGAGAGCGAGGCAGGCUGGAUCCGCACUAUGCUGAGGGACUCCCCUCACCUGGAAAGAUGUACGUCAGUUACCUGCAGCUGGACAAGGACCCCGCCAUGUACCCGCACCAGAACGCGGUGACCCGCCACCCGGGUCUCAGCCUCAGUCCGCAGAACUUCCCGGUCCCCGCCCCGCCGCAGUACUCGGACUUCGCCGUUUACCACCACCACCACCACGGCAUCAACAACGACACGCAGCAGGACGGGCCGCAGUGGGUCCCGCUGGGCUUCCCCUCCACGGAGUUCCCCGGGCAGCCUCCUGCGCUGCUAACCGCGUCCCUCAACGCGGGGCAGCUGUCCCCCGGGUCCCCGCAGAGGAGGAACCCGUACGACUGGAUACGACGCUCCUCAGCACCACCCUCCAACCCGAAUGGAAAGACACGGACUAAAGACAAGUACCGGGUGGUUUACACAGACCACCAGCGUCUGGAGCUGGAGAAGGAGUUUCACUAUAGCAAGUACAUCACCAUCAGGAGGAAGGCGGAGCUCGCCAUGUCGCUCAGCCUGUCAGAGAGACAGGUGAAGAUCUGGUUCCAGAACCGCCGGGCGAAGGAGCGCAAAAUCAACAAGAAGAAGCUCCAGCAGCCAGCCUCCUCCACUACCACGGCCACCCUUCCCAGCACCGGGGGAGGAGGAGGAGGAGGUGGUGGAGGAGGGGGUCUCCAUGGAAAUGGCAGCGUCGCCAUGGUAACGAGCAGCAGCGGCAACAACGGGCUGGUAUCCCCUUCAUCGCUGCCUUUGAACAUCAAAGAGGAGUACUGAGGAGGAGGUUUCACUGGACCCUGGUGUCUGGGACCUGAACUGGAAGUUCUCCCCUCUGAACUAAAAAACCUUUAACAUUACAUCCCACCCCUGUGUUCGCCCUCUCAGAGCUAAAGCUGCUUAAACACUUGAGGAAAUAUCAAUGGGCGACGUCACCAGCAGCAGUACUUCUGUACUUCAGACUUUUGUUGCAGAUCAUUCCCGGUUCACUCCCCGGGAUGUCACCCAUUACAGGCUAUUGUAUGUCUGAAAGACUUCCUAAACACAUCUUGCUCUGGUUGGAGCUCUAUGGCACCGCAAGUCUGGGAAAAAAUGAGAAAAUGUGAUCAGAUCUUGAGCUGUCAGCUGAAGAUAUUUUAGCUCCUGAACUUCAAACUCAGUGAAUUUUCUUUUCUUUUCUUGUGAAGAUACAAAGUUCCAAAAGACCCCAAACACAUCUUGCUAACAUUUGGAGAAAUUAAACAAAAAAACUGAAUAUUUACAGUCGAUGGAACAAUGCAACCAUAAAAAACAUGGAGUCUUGGGUUUGAUUAUUUCUCUUAGUGUAAACAUCAUUUAACUUCAGCCGUAGCAGUAUGUAUGAUGCUGUUAGACA